AUGUCGGCAUCAAGCAGUAUUUCACGCGGAAGGGGUCGAAACCGCGGCAAGGGCAAGCCGGCCGCCGGUGGCAACAACCGCGAGUCGCGGAGGACCCUGGGUCGUGAGACGGUGGACAUUGCCAACUCCGGCAUGUGCGGUACGGUGGAGAUUGGGCAUCUUGUCGAGGCGGCACGAAGCGGACGGGUCGAGUACGGGCCCAAGGACGACGUGGUGAGCGAGUGGGAUGCGAUCCGCGGCGAGGCGGCGGAAGUGGAGACGGUGUUCGAGGUCACGCCCGAGAGCUCGAUGAAGGCGGCUCGGCGGCUGGACGCCGCAGCGCCGGGCCAGGUGGCGGUCCUCUCGUUUGCAUCGGCCAAGAACCCGGGAGGCGGGGUGCUCAAGGGAUCCAAGGCGCAAGAAGAGGACUUGUGCCGGGCGUCUGCGCUGUACAAGUGCCUGCUGGGCGCGCCCGGUUACGCGGCAAACAAGGCCAAUGACCGCCGCGGCCUCUACACCGACCACGCACUUUACGUUCCGCAGGUCCCAGUCUUCCGGUACCCGAACGGGAGGCUCAUCGCUAGCAGCUCCGAGCUCAAGGUAAUGUCGUUUGUCUCGAGCGCAGCGCCAAAUCGCGGGCGGCUGGGCAAGAACCGGAGUGGCGAGUGCAAGGCGGCGCUUGUGAGAAGGAUUGAGCGGGCGCUGGCCAUGAUGGCCGUCCAUGGGCACAGGCACAUUGUGCUUGGCGCGUUUGGGUGCGGAGUACGUGCUGCGCUCGCCGCGGUUUGCCGGAGUUUUUGA